AUGCAUGAGGCGAAACAGCUCACAAUCUCCUCAGAGGAAGGAAAUAUCGGCAAAACUGUUUCUAAAUCCUUUCCUUCUGAUAAUAAAUGUUCACCACACAGUCCAAAAAACAAAGCAAGCGAGAAGAAUCACGGCUCACAUAGGUCCGAACGCAGCACAGGUGACAAAAAGAGGGAACCAAAGUCACGGUCGCCUUGUCCGUCAUCAAGGACUUCAAGGAAGAAAGAAAACACAGAGACUCAAAGGCAAGGAAUCCUUGAAGAUUCACCGGUUGACGACUCUCGUGAACUUAGAAAUGAGCAAUCCAGAUCGAACCAUAAGCAGAAAAACAGACAUCGCUCUUCAUCUCGAGACUCUAAUGCUCGUCUUCAUGGUGAAGCUACAAACAGCCAAUCAUCUCAUCACCGUCAGCGGCACAGAUCUUCAUCCUCCGACAACUUGCAAAACACGAAAAAUCGAAGCCAUCACUCGCAUUCCUCUAGUGAUGCAAGCGACCACAAACGUCACAGCAGAUAUCAUAAUGCUUCGCCAUCCCGCCCAUCCUCAUAUAUUGAUUCAAGAGAAAAAUCGUCUUCCAAUCGAAAGUCAACAGCAAAAGGUUCUACAUCACGUCAUCGUUCAUCCAGAAUAAGGGGGAAGCUCAGUCUUUCUCCAACUCGUCGAUCAACAACAAGAUCGCCGGUUGCGAAUGGUAAACGAACUAGCAAGGGCAAUAGCAAACCAGUGAGAUCCAAGUCACUGGAUUCAACAAUAGAACUGAGCGAAGUCACGCUAGAUGAUGAAGUCAAGCGACAAGAAAAGAAAAUAAACGGAAGAAAGAGUGCCCCAUCAGGCAAUCACUCUAUGGCUCUAACAGAUCAGACAGCCAAAGCCAGAGAGAAACAUUUCCGACAGAGCCUCCGCCAAAGAUAUUCAAUGGAAGAGUUUCCCGACGAGAAGCGUGUACCCAAAGUGGCAAGCAAACCAAAGCGUUCUCGUUCUGCGGACACAGAUGAUUUGAUAGUCAAUAAAGAUAGAGUCAAAGCCUUCGAAACGAACCAUCGGCUACGGGUUGCUGCUAACUUGGAGGAUAUCGACAAGCGUAUCAAAGAUGUGGCAUAUGGUGCUAACCGGCACAGUCAUAGCUCCGACGAUGGGUCCCUUCGAAAAUCUAACAGAAAAUCGGCGGCACCGAUGCUUCCCGGAGCGUAUUCAUUGUCGAGCAAUGACAAUGGAGUGGAACAGAAUAUGAAACGAAGGGCAGCCAAUCCAGGCUCUAAUGAUGCAACCGGUAGCGAUUCAAACGAGAAAAGAAGGUCUAGGCCAACACAAGGACUUAGCGCUACUCUUCCCGGUGCCCAAGCUGUCUCUUUAGAUGAUGAUGACGAAGAAUUCAGAUGCCCAUCUGCUCAGCGAUCUCGGGCUUCAAUGGAAGAAAAGCUUCGUCUCCUGGAUGAAGAACUUGGGAUCACCACCUCACCCCCCGGACGAUCGAUGGGAAUGGACAUGGCUGGCCGUCUUAACGAACGUGAAGACGAGGUCGUCGUUCAUCCACAGGGCAUAACUAUGGCUAAUUCCAACGCUGGAGGGCAUGUGACGAUGGAGUUGCAAGCUGUUACCGUAGACGAAGAAAGGGCUAGAAAUGAACGGCGUCGACUUGCGAUGGCGGCUGAGAAUGAGAGGCCGAGGCACCAAAUGACAAAUCAGAAUGAUCACAUGGAAGAUGUCACUGGAAGCGAAGUCGCAGAAGCUGCACCAGCAGAGCUCGACGAUGAAAAAGCCGAGGAGGUAGAAACUCGUAGGCGGUGGCUUUUUGCAGGUUUGUUCUGUCUGUUUUGUGCCAUAAUAGGAGCAAUCGGAGGUAUAUUUGCAUCAAAAGAGCCCAAUUCGACUCCGGCUUUUCUCGCUGAGAGUCUGUCUGACUGGCCUUCAUCAAGACCUACUUCAUCACCAACCACAGUACUAUUGUACGACCCACCAAGUGAGGAAGACUGCCUAGCCGUGGAAAACAGAGGGGCUGUUGAAGGACAAGAUACAAUGCUUACAAUCACAUUGGAGGCUGGAUUGGAAGUCAUAUUAAAAAACGACAUUGCACAAAGCGAAUGGAUGGAUCAAUUGUUGCAGAGCGUACUAUCGUAUUUAAUUCCAUAUCUCGUGGGAUGCACCAACAAUAGAAGGCCUUCCGCCAAUAAUCGUUACGUCCUUGGAAAUGCAAAUGCCACAAUUGAAUAUAAUGAUACAGCAACAUGUGAGAAGGAGACUGACCUACCUUGCCAUCUUGUGGCUGUCAAUCUUGACCUAUCGGUGAAAGAUGAUGAAAAUAUCAGCUCUGUGAUCUUCCUUCUUCAGAACUUGAUUGCAUCAAAUGGUUCAGGGGAUUCAUUGGCAGACAGACUUGGUCUUUCCGGUGACUUUGACGAAGUUCUAUUCGAGAAUAUUACCAACAAGUCCCCGACGACUUUUCCGACCUUUUCUGCUACUUUGUUUCCAUCAUCAGUUCCAUCAACACGCCUCUCAACGAGUCCUUCCACUCCGCUUCCAUCUUGGGCACCAGUAAUUGGACCUACGACCAAUGCGCCUACCAAAACUCCGAUCAUACCUCCCACACAGGCCCCUGCUGCUCCUAGCCCGACCCGAUCCCCAACAAAGUUGCCAACAGAACCGCCAAUUACUCUUAUGAGUAGAGCGCCAACCUUGAGCCCGACUGAGAGCCCAUCGCAGACCCCGACGACUGCACUUGGCACCGUGUCAACGCCUCCUCCAACUGGCUUUCCAACAGAAAGUCCAUCGGAAUCGCCUACAAUAACUCUGGUACCAAACCUGAUACCUGGACCAACACUUGGACCCACAUCAGCUCCGGUACCAAAUCCGACACUUCGGCCACUACCUGAACCCACGCCAGCUCCGGUACCAAACCCGACGCCUGGUCCUACGCCUGGUCCUACGCCUGGUCCAACACCGGAACCUACAUCAGGUCCAACACCUGGUCCAACGCCCGUUCCGACACCUUUACCGACACCCGUACCGACUCCCGAUCCGACACCUGCACCAACUUCUCUGCCAACACCUGCACCAACACCUGGUCCAACUCCGAACCCUACCCCCGAGCCAACACCUGCCCCGACAGUCGGUGCUGCCACCUACUGCUGUUCGGACAAUUUCAAAGACUGCAACGUUGCUGAUCCCUGGUGCAAUGCCAACGAAGAACAGUGUAACUCGUGCAAUGCGCAUUACGUUGUUCAGGGUAGCUGUCCUUCCACCGCUAUUGCCAAAUGGGGAGAUUGCACCAACAAUGUGAAUGAAUGUUGCGAACCGCUUCAAUGCGUCACACAGACCCAAUUCUAUCGCCAAUGUAUGGAAUAA